GAGUGGUAUCGACGCCUCCACUUUGUUACACUCUCUUUUGAUGAUUACGCAAUGUCAGAAUCGGAGACGAGUUUAACUUCCUUUCAUAAAUACGUCAAUCGGAAACUCGGAGAUAUACCUCGUUCUCGCUCUGGAGUAAUCAUGUUACUACCAAAUCUUGACAAUUGGCUCUCGUCUACACAAAGUUUGACUUCUGGUCAGGUAGAUGAACAGUACGAGCUAGGAGUGUCAAACCGGAAUAUGGAUCUCCUUUCCUUCCUCUUUACCUCGCUAAGACGUUUGUGUGCCGCCGUUCCCAUCUGUGUGCUAGCCACGAGUACUGAUGCGGCAGAGAUUUUGAAGCACCGGAACUUCCAAAGCCUAUUUUACAAAAGCGUAUUAGUUUCUUUACCCAGUGGAGAACAAAGAUUUCGUCAUUUGGCUCAAGAGAUACGGCAAUGCGCAUCACAAGUGAUUGACGACUGGAAAGAAUUUUCAGUUUCUACGGAGAUUUCAGGAGAUUGGAGUAGACUUCAUAAACUAGCUGCAAGUUUACAUGGAUACACAGUAGCAGACAUUUCACGGCUAUGCAGAGCAGGCUAUGCAGCUGCUAUUGACGAAUGCGUCACGUCUGCGACCAAAUUAGAGGAGUGUGAUCAGUCUUGCAUGCCUAGUUUAUCUCAAAUUAUCGACAAAUUGGAAAUAGAGCGGAACCAUUAUAGUCCAGUUAAUUUGUGUGCAGAAAUAUCCGUCUUCCCCCCUAUGCGGUGGUCAGAUAUUGGUGGUUAUGCAGACAUCAAACGUCUUUUCAUCUCGACAAUCCAGCAGAGGCUUGUUGAAUCUGCCGAUCCUGGGAGCAAGGCUGCGCAAACCAACAAAUGUCUCGGCUUAAGUGUCCCCCGUGGCAUUCUGCUGCAUGGGCCUCCAGUAACACAUAUCAAACCUUCAGGCUGUUCUAAGACCCUGUUUGUUCGAGCUUUGGCUACGGAGUGCAAUCUGCCCUUGGUUGCCGUUCAGGCCUCGAGGAUUUUCGGUCGGUAUGUUGGUGACAGUGAAAGAAAUAUGCAACGGGUCCUCGUCCAUGCUCGAGCUUGCUCUCCUGCGAUCCUCUUUAUAGAUGAAAUCGACUUAUUGCUACCUUCUCGAAAUUCAAGCGAGUCAGGAGUUAGCGAACAUGUGUUGAGCGAAGUUCUUACCGCCAUGGACGGUGUUGAGGGGCAAUGUGGGCAACUAUUGCUGAUUGCAGCCACAAAUCGUCUUGAAAAUCUUGAUCCGGUUAGUUCUCGUCUGUUACUGUAA